AGGUCUGCAGUCUGAUUCUUGGCGUCGCACAGACCCGAGACGACGCUGUGGCCAAGCGCUGCGAUACUGGGAAUACAUACUGAUCAUUUCUCUCUAUACAGUCAGAUCACUGACUACUGACUACGUUGGUUGAGAACUUCUCGAACGAGGCGAUUUUUGUCUUGGAUUUGGAUAACCUGUGUGGCUCUCAAUCAUUCAGCGUUGGUUCCUGUGAAUCUCGGUCUAAUGACGAGUUUAAACGUGGAUUACCGGCACCGCAAAUGUUGUUGCUAAAAGGAGACACAAUCAAGAGAAGGACAAAUAAGUGCUGCGGGACGACCUGAAGGAGAAAUCUCCUGUGUUUUUGACGUCUGGUAAUAUCAAUUACAUAUGUGGAGCGGACGAGGGAUUUCCGUGAUUUUUUUUUUACGCGUGCUGGGUAGAUCAGUGACCACUUGAAUCACGUCUCCCCCGCGGUUUGCCUUCCCUCCUUUCUCUCCCUUUAGGUGUGAAAUCUAUCCUCUCAGAUAAGAAACUCUGAACCCCUCGGUCCCCGCAUGACAUGGUUCAGUCCAGCUGCGAUAUCCGAGCCUCCUCCAUGCAUUGGGAUUUUUCUCAGCGCCGACACCGAGUGAAUCUCCCUUUUUUGACCAUCUGAGAAGUAUCGUGCCUGCCAGACCAGAGAAAAAGCCCUGCCAUGACCGCCGCUUCAAAUCGGGACGGAGCAACUGGACUUGCGAGAGAACCGGAAUGCGCAUGCAGGAAAGGGGACGGAAUACGGAUUUUUUCGCUAAUGAAGGCGGGAGUGCAGGCGCACCAUUGGAGCCGGGUGCUGUUCUUAUACAUGGGGCUACUGGCCGCCUCAGUAAAGGCUCAGAACUGCAGUUACACACUACACAGUCCCAACGGGACGAUAGAAAGCCCCGGCUACCCUUACGGUUAUCCUAACUAUGCCAACUGUACAUGGGUGAUCGUGGCGGCGGAGCACAACAGGAUACAGCUGGUGUUUCAAGGGUUCGCCCUAGAGGAGGACUUUGACAUCUUGUCUGUAUAUGACGGACCACCCAGCCCGGGGAACCUGCGGACAAGGUUAACGGGAUUCCAGCUGCCUUCACCCGUUGUGAGUACAGGCUCCAGGCUCACACUGUGGCUACUGUCCGACUACGCCGUCAGCGGGCAGGGAUUUAAAGCUGUCUAUGAAGCUCUGCCCAGCUACACUUGUGGUAAUCCUGGACAGCUGCUCAAUGGCCACCAGCAGGGGUCCACGUUCAACAUUGGGGACAAAAUCCGCUACAGCUGCAGCCCGGGCUAUGUGCUGGAGGGUCACACCACCCUGUCCUGCCUUGCCACUUCAGCGGGUACUGCUGCAUGGGAUUUCCCCCUUCCCUACUGCAGAGCAGAUGAUGGCUGUGGCGGGACACUGAGGGGCCAGAGUGGGGUGAUCACCACCCCCAAUUACCCAACCGAGUACAACAACAAUGCCGACUGCACCUGGACUGUGCUGGCCGAGCCAGGAGACACCAUUGCCCUGGUAUUCUCUGACUUUCAGCUGGAGGACGACUAUGACCUGCUCGAGGUCAGCGGCACUGAUGGCUCUUCACAGUGGUUCACUGGCCCCAACCUUCCCUCACCCAUCAUUAGCAGCAAGAAUUGGCUUCGACUUCACUUUACCUCUGAUGGCAACCACAAGUUGAGAGGUUUCAGCGCCCAGUACCAAGUGAAGAAGAUGACUGAACUUAAGUCUCGAGGUGUGAAGAUGCUGCCUAGCAAAGACAACCACCACAAGAUAUCAGUGUUGUCUCAGAUGGGUGUAGCGCAGGGACACAACAUGUGUCCAGACCCGGGGAUCCCUGAUCGAGGAAAAAGAAAAGGCACAGACUUCAGGCGAGGAUCCACAGUGCAUUUCUCCUGCGACGAGGGUUAUGAACUGCAGGGCUCAAAGAGCAUCAGUUGUCUCAGAGUGACAGACAGCUAUGUAGGCUGGAGUGACGAUCGGCCGAUAUGCAGAGCACCAAUGUGUGGAGGACAGUUGAGAGGACCAAGUGGUGUCAUCACAUCUCCAAACUACCCGGUCCAGUAUGACAACAAUGCCAACUGCACUUGGCUCAUCACAGCCACAGACGCAUCUAAGGUGAUCAAACUGACAUUUGAGGAUUUUGAACUGGAGCGAGGCUAUGACACCCUGACGGUGGGGGACGGCAAGGUGGUGGGAGACCAGAAGACCGUCUUCCACGUCCUGUCUGGAACCACCACUCCAGACCUUGUGGUUAGCACCAGUCACCUGAUGUGGCUAAACUUUAAAACAGAUGACACCAGUGGCUCCCUGGGAUUCAAGGUGUCCUACGAAGAAAUUGACCAAGGCAGUUGUGGAGAUCCCGGAAUCCCAGCUUAUGGCAAGCGGGAGGGGACAAGUUUUCGUCACGGGGAACGACUCUACUUUGAGUGUCUGCCUGCCUUUGAGAUGGUGGGGAAGAAGAACAUCACCUGUCAGAAGAACAACCAGUGGUCGGCUAAGAAACCCAGCUGUGUUUUUUCCUGUUUCUUCAACUUUACCACUCCAUCUGGGGUGCUGCUGUCUCCCAACUACCCUCAGGAGUACGGCAACAAUAUGCACUGUGUGUGGUUGAUCAUCAGCAAUCCUGAAAGCCGCAUCAAUCUGGCCUUCAACGACAUCAGCAUGGAGAAACAGUUUGACUUCCUCUCGAUAAAAGAUGGUGGAAAGGCUGAGUCUCCUAUCCUGGGUACCUUUUCCGGUGACGCCCUACCUCCUCCCAUAACAACUAGUGCCCAUGUGGCCCGGCUGGAGUUUCUGACUGACCACACCUACACAGACAGAGGCUUUAACAUCACGUUUACAACAUUUCGUCACAACGAAUGUCCAGACCCAGGUGUGCCAGUCAAUGGGAAACGCUUUGGUGAGAGCCUUCAGCUGGGCAGUUCAAUCUCAUUCCUGUGCGAGGAGGGCUUUGUUAAGACCCACGGCUCGCAAACCAUCUCUUGCAUUCUCAAGGAUGGCAACGUGGUAUGGGAUAAUGCAGUUCCCCGCUGUGAGGCGCCAUGUGGAGGGGAUUUGAAGGCUCCCAGUGGAAUCAUCCUCUCCCCUGGCUGGCCAGAACUCUAUAAGGAGGCCCUCAACUGUGAAUGGAUCAUUGAGGCUCCUCCAGGCUACCCCAUCAAGAUCAUCUUUGACAAGUUCCGCACAGAGGUCAACUAUGACGUCCUGGAGGUGCGUGAUGGACGUUUUCCCUCUUCACCUUUAAUUGGUAGCUACCAGGGUACCCAGGUUCCCCAGUUCCUCAUUAGCACCUCCAGCUUCGUGCAUCUCCUCUUCUCGACUGACAAGAGCCACUCGGACAUCGGCUUCCGCAUACGUUACGAAACCUUGCAGUUACAGUCAGAUCAUUGCGUGGACCCUGGUAUACCUGUCAACGGCCAGCGACAUGGAAAUGACUUCUAUGUGGGCGCUUUGGUAACAUUUAGCUGUGAGGCGGGCUACACACUUAGUGACACGCAGCCUUUAGAGUGUGAACCCAAUUUUCAGUGGAGCCGGCCCCUGCCUAGCUGCGAUGCAUUGUGUGGAGGUUAUAUCCAAGGCAACUUUGGCACCAUCCUGUCACCUGGCUUCCCAGACUUCUACCCUCACAACCUGAACUGCACAUGGAUAAUCGAGACCUCCCAUGGCAAAGGUGUCCAAUUCACCUUCCACACCUUCCACCUUGAGAGCCCUCACGACCAUUUGUUGGUGACAGAGAAUGGCAGCUUCUCUCAGCCCCUGUGGAGGCUGAUGGGCUCCACACUGCCUCUGACUCUCAGUGCAGGCCUAUUUGGAAACUACACGGCUCAGAUCCGCUUUCUCUCCGACUUCUCUGUUUCCUACGAGGGAUUCAACAUCACUUUCUCUGAGUAUGACUUGGAGCCAUGUGAUGAUCCUGGAAUCCCACCAUACAGUGCCAGAAAGGGCCUGCAAUACGGGGUGGGUGACGCCCUCAUCUUCUCCUGUUUCCCGGGUUAUCGACUGGAGGGUCCAGCGAGGGUGAUUUGCUUAGGAGGCAGGAGGCGGGUGUGGAGCUCCCCUCUGCCAAGGUGUGUUGCUGAAUGCGGCUCAUCCGUGACUGGCAUGCAAGGGGUGCUGCUCUCACCCAACUACCCCGGUUACUACAGCAACAACCACGAGUGCAUCUACUCCAUCCAGACGCAGCCCGGCAAAGGCAUCCAGCUACGGGCACGGGACUUCAGACUCGAGGAGGAUGACCUGCUCAAAGUCUUUGAUGGCAACAGUAAUACGGCUCGUCUGCUGGGGGUGUUUACCGGCAGCGAGCUGCUCGAGACCAUCUUGAACUCUACCUCCAGCUCCAUGUGGCUGGAGUUUAUCAGCAAUGCGGAUAACACCAGUAAAGGCUUUGAACUGCACUUCAUUAGUUUUGAGCUGGUGAAGUGUGAGGAUCCAGGUGUUCCCCAGUUUGGCUACAAGCGGGAGGACAAGGGUCAUUUUGCAGGAAGCAGUGUGGCGUAUAUCUGUGACCCAGGCUACACCCUAAAAGGCCCUGAGGUGCUCACCUGCCUGAGGGGGGAAAGGAGGGCAUGGAACAGCCCCCUCCCACUCUGUGUUGCGGAGUGUGGCGGCAGCAUCAAGGAUGAGCCUUCUGGCCGCAUACUGUCUCCUGGCUAUCCAGCUCCAUACGAACACAACCUGCACUGCAUGUGGACCAUUGAGGCCGCCCCUGGAAGCACUAUUAGUCUGCAUUUCCUGGUUUACCACACGGAGGAGGUCCACGAUGUGCUUCGGAUCUGGGAUGGGCCCCAGGAAGGAGGGGUCCUGCUGAGGGAGCUCAGUGGCUCAAUGUUGCCCCCGGACGCCCACAGCACCUUCAACACCGUCAGCCUGCAGUUCACCACAGACUUCUUCACUAGCAAGCAGGGCUUCGCUCUGCAGUUCUCUAUCUCCACUGCAACCUCCUGCAAUGACCCGGGCAUGCCUACUAAUGGGACCCGUGGCGGCGACAGCAGGGAGCCUGGAGACCAUGUGGUGUUCCAGUGUGAUCCUGGCUACAUUCUGCAGGGAGCCAACAGGAUUACCUGCACGGAGAUCAACGGUCGCUUCUUCUGGAAACCAGACCCUCCUACAUGCACAGCACCAUGUGGUGGGAACCUGAUGGGUCCUAGUGGGCUGAUUCUGUCUCCAGACUAUCCUGAACCUUACCCGCAUGGAAGGGAGUGUGACUGGACAGUUACUGUCACACUGGACUAUGUCAUCGCUCUUAGCUUCAACCAGUUCAGCUUGGAGCCCAGUUAUGACUUCUUACAUAUCUACGAUGGACCGGACUCCCUCAGCCCUUUACUGGGUAGUUUUUAUGGCACAGACGCUCCCGAUCGCAUUGAGAGCAGCUCCAACACACUCUUCUUGGCUUUCCGCAGCGAUGCUUCCCUCAGCAGCAAUGGAUUUAUUCUUCAGUACACAGAGAACCCCAGGGAGUCUUGCUUUGAGCCGGGCCUGGUGCGCAAUGGGACUCGGGUGGGCGCCGACCUCAAGCUGAGCUCCACUGUCACCUACCGCUGCGACAGUGGCUACACACUAGAGGGAGACCCAACCCUCACUUGCAUCAUAGGGGGAGACGGCAAGCCAAGCUGGAACAAACCCAAACCCAUCUGCUUUGCUCCAUGUGGUGGACAGUACUCAGGUUUGGAAGGAGUGGUCUUGUCUCCUGGUUACCCUGGCAAUUAUAGCAGUGCGCGAAGCUGUCUGUACACCGUGGUGGUGCCCAAGGAUUACGUGGUCUUCAGUCAAUUCGCCUUCUUCCAGACAGCUCUGAAUGACAUUGUGGAGGUUUAUGAUGGGGCGACACAGCACUCCCGUGUUCUCAGCUCCCUUUCUGGAGCGCACACAGGUGAGUCUUUGCCAUUAGCAACCUCCAACCAAAUCAUGAUCUGCUUCACCUCCAAAGGCCAAUCCACCUCGAGAGGAUUCCACCUGGUCUACCAGGCCGUGCCAAGGACCAGUGCCACCCAGUGCAGCUCAGUCCCUGAGCCCAGGAAUGGCCGCCGUAUGGGUAACAACUUUGCCGUUGGUGCUGUGAUCCGCUUUGAGUGCAGUCCAGGUUACAUGCUGGAGGGGCCGAGUGCCAUUGAAUGUUUGACAGUUCCCAAUGCCCUGGCCCAAUGGAACAGCUCCAUACCCAGCUGUAUAGUUCCAUGUGGAGGCAAUCUGACCCAUCGAACUGGCACCAUCUUAUCUCCUGGCUUUCCUGAGCCUUACCUCAACAGCCUCAACUGUGUCUGGAAGAUCACUGUUCCUGAAGGAUCAGGAAUCCAGAUCCAGGUAAUCAGCUUUGUCACAGAGCAGAACUGGGACUCGCUGGAAGUGUUUGACGGAGGGGACAACACCGACACCAUGCUUGGCAGCUUCUCAGGCACCACGGUCCCAGCUCUCCUCAACAGCACCUCCAACCAACUCUACCUCCACUUCUUCUCUGAUAUUAGUGUGUCUGCAGCUGGAUUCAGGAUGGAGUACAAAACGGUGUCUCUGACCAGUUGCCCAGAGCCUGUUGUUCCUAUGAACGCCAUCAGAGUUGGGGAGCGUCUUCAGAUGAAUAAUGUGGUGUCUUUCCAUUGUGAACCUGGAUAUACUUUACAGGGGAACUCGCACAUCACCUGUAUGCCUGGAACCGUCAGACGAUGGAACUACCCACCUCCUCUCUGCAUAGCUCAAUCUGGUGGAAUUCGGGAGGAGAUGGAGGGCAUGAUUCUCAGCCCUGGUUUCCCUGGCAACUACCCUAGCAACAGCGACUGUACCUGGAGAAUCUACCUGCCAGUUGGUUAUGGAGCCAACCUUCAGUUCCUCAACUUCUCCACCGAGGCCAACCACGAUUUUCUCGAGAUACGCAACGGUCCCCUGGAUACAAGCGCGGUGAUUGGUCGAUUCAGCGGCCAGGAUAUUCCCUCCUCCCUUCUCACCACCUCCCAUGAGACCACAGUGUAUUUCCAUAGUGACCAUUCACAGAACAGACCGGGGUUCAGGUUCGAGUACCAGGCUUAUGAGCUACAGGAGUGCCUCGAUCCAGAGCCUUUCCGUUACGGAGUGGUGGUGGGUGCUGGCUACAAUGUGGGCCAGUCUAUUUCCUUUGAGUGUCUGCCUGGGUAUCAGCUAAUGGGACAUGCCAUCCUAACCUGUGAGCACGGCACCACGCGCAAUUGGGAUCACCCUUUCCCUCGCUGCGAAGUGCCUUGCGGUGGGAACAUCACAUUGGACAAUGGGACCAUCUUCUCCCCAGGUUACCCAGAGGAGUACCCUAGCUCAGCUGACUGCUCCUGGCUGAUCACUGUGGCUCACGGCUUCGGCAUCAAAAUCAACUUCACUCUUCUUCAGGUUCAUGGGCCACACGAUUUUAUCACUGUCUGGGAUGGUCCACAGGAGACAGCCAGGAAACUGGGAGUGUUCACUGAUGGAGAGCCGAAUGACCCGCCCAGUAGCACAUCCAAUCAGGUGCUGAUACGUUUCCGCAGCAACACAGAUAAGGGUGGACUAUUCCGCAUCAACUAUCAAGCCUACAGACUGCAGUUCUGCCUGCCGCCCCCCAUCAUUCCUAACGCAGAGAUCCUGAUGGCAAGCAAAGAGUUUAAAAUCGGUGACAUAGUGCGCUACCGAUGUCUUCCAGGCUACCAGUUAAGUGGAAACAGCAUCAUGACCUGCCGGUUGGGGACACACUUGGAGUUCGAGGGGCCUCCACCCUCAUGUGAUGUGACUUGUCCCAUGAAUGAGGUACUGACAGCUUCCACAGGUGUCAUCAUGAGCCAGUCACCAGGCAACGGUUUCCCCCAUUUUGAGUCCUGCUCCUGGGUGGUCAAAGUAGAACCUGGCUACAAUAUCACCUUCACGAUAGAACAGUUCCAGACCAGCCGUCAGUUUGAUGAGCUUGAGAUCUUUGAUGGUCCAUCACGACAGAGCCCUCUUCUGAUUACCCUCAGUGGUAACUAUUCUAACCCACUGAGCAUCACCAGCUCCAGUAACAAAGUCUACCUGCACUGGUCCUUUGAUCACACCACCAGCCACAAAGGCUUUCGCAUACGCUACUCAGUGGCCUACUGUAGCCCUCACAACAACCCUGUAAAUGGCACAGUGCACAGUCUUACAGGCACUAAACUGGGCAGCACCCUGCGUUUCAGCUGUGACCUGGGCUUCCGGCUUAUUGGUCAGAGCAGCGCAACAUGCACUCGGACUGCACAGGGGAUCUACCAGUGGAAUGCACCGGUGCCACUUUGCCAAGUCACAUCGUGUGGAAUGCCAGUGCCUCCGGUCAAUGGCAGUAUUGGGGGGCAGGACUUCUCUUUAGGAGCCAGGGCCACGUACCAGUGUAAUCCCGGAUUUCGGAUCGCAGGGCCUGUCACCACCUCAGUGAUCUGUCAGGAAUCUGGGAGGUGGAGCCCCAUUGAGGCCCCACCCAGAUGUGUUCCGGUGACCUGCCCUGACAUAGGCCACUCUGCUGUGGAACAUGGGAGAUGGAGGCUGAUCUAUGGUACUCAGAACCAAUAUGACACUAUAAUGAUGCUCAUAUGUGACCCCGGAUAUUACUACAGGGGUCAAAGGGUCAUUCGCUGCCAGGCCAACAGCACCUGGAACUACCCAGAUCCACGGCCAGUCUGCGAGAUCAUUUCCUGCGGGGACCUUGGGACUCCACCAAAUGGCAACAAAAUUGGAACACUGACUGUGUAUGGAGCCACUGCCAUUUUCUCCUGCAACACAGGAUAUACCUUGGUUGGCUCUCGGGUACGAGAGUGUAUGUCCAAUGGGCUUUGGAGUGGAACACAGGUCCAGUGUCUAGCUGGCCAUUGUGGCUCCCCAGAGCCCAUCGUGAAUGGACAGAUAAAUGGAGAGAAUUAUAACUAUCGAGGCAGCGUUGUGUACCAGUGUAACCCAGGAUUUCGUCUCAUUGGGGUGUCGGUGCGAAUCUGUGAACAGGAUCACCGCUGGUCAGGACAUACUCCUGUCUGUGUCCCCAUCACGUGUGGUCAUCCUGGUAACCCUACCUUCGGUAUGACCCAGGGAACCCAGUUCAACUUAAAUGAUGCUGUGCGCUUUGUCUGCAACACUGGCUAUGUUCUACAGGGGGCUGUCAAAUCUACCUGCCAGGCCAAUGGGCAGUGGAGUAACGCCCUCCCCAAGUGUAAAAUUGUGAACUGCACAGAGCCGGGUCAUGUCGAGAACAGCAUUAGGCAGAUACUGCCCAGCGGGCCGCAUCGCUACAGCUUCCAGACCACUGUGUCGUACCGCUGUAACCCGGGCUACUACCUGCUGGGCACCAGCUCCAUCUCUUGUCAGGGGGACGGCACCUGGGACCGCUCCCUGCCCAAGUGCCUGUUGGUGUUGUGCGACCGCCCCAGCAUGCCUCCCUACGCCCAGGUCUCAGGCGACCGUCGGACAGUAGGCUCAGUCAUCCGCUACAGCUGCAUCGGCCAGCGUACCAUCAUCGGCAACACAACGCGCAUGUGCCAGCUGGACGGCCAGUGGAGCAGCUCGCCACCACAUUGCUCCGGCGAUGCAGCCGGGGUGUGCGGAGAUCCAGGCAUUCCCGUGCAUGGAAUCCGUCUGGGAGAAGAUUUUACAGUCGGCACUGCUGUCCGUUUUAACUGUGAGCCCGGCUAUACGCUGAAGGGUUCUCCAGAGAGAACUUGCCUAACUAAUGGGACCUGGAUCGGCACCCAACCUGAGUGUCAUGUGAUCUCCUGUGGAAACCCAGGAACUCCACGUAAUGCCCAGAUCCUGAUCCACGAUGGCCUAACGUUUUCCAGAUCUAUUACUUACACUUGCAGAGAGGGCUACUACUCAACCGGCAUGCUUACCCGACACUGCACUGUUAACGGGUCCUGGACCGGCAACAUGCCUGAGUGCUCUGUAAUCAACUGUGGUGACCCUGGAGUGCCAGCCAACGGGGUGAGGCUGGGCAAUGAUUUCAUUUACAACUUCACAGUCAGUUUCCAGUGUUCUCCUGGUUUCACCAUGGAUGCGGACCGGGCCUCAACUCUUACCUGCACCAAGGACCGUACCUGGAAUGGCACCAAACCUCACUGUAAAGCGAUCGUGUGUGGUCCACCACCUAUCAUCCCUAAUGGACAGGUUGUCGGUACAGACUUCACCUGGGGCUCAAGCAUCAGUUACUCCUGCAACCAAGGUUACCAGCUGUCCCUGCCCACUGUGUUAACAUGUCAGGGCAACGGCAACUGGAGUGGAGAGAAACCUCAGUGCUUCCCUGUGUUCUGUGGAGACCCAGGGAUGCCUGCCCAGGGGAGGAGGGAGGACCGAGGAUUCACUUAUCUCUCCUCUGUCUCCUUCUCCUGCUUCCCUCCACUUAUCCUGGUGGGCUCUACCAGGAGAUAUUGUCAAUAUGAUGGCACCUGGAGUGGCACACAACCCUCUUGCAUAGAUCCCACUCACACUACCUGUGGAGACCCUGGCAUUCCUCUCUUUGGAAAUCAGAACAACAGUCAAGGCUACCAGAUCAGCAGCACUGUGUUCUUCAACUGUAGAAAGGGCUACUUACUUCAGGGCUCCAUUUCUCGCACUUGUCUGCCCAUCCUCACUUGGAGUGGUUUUCAACCUGAGUGCAUUGCCCACCACUGCAGCCAGCCAGAGAUGCCAGCCCAGUCUGACGUUAGAGCCAUUGAACUGCCAUCCCUUGGCUACACACUGAUCUAUACAUGUCAGCCUGGCUUCUACUUGGCCGGAGGAUCAGAGCACAGGACCUGCAGGUCCGAUGGGAGCUGGACAGGGAAACAACCUCUUUGUGCAGCUGAUAAUCGCCCGAGUGGUAAGAGCCCAGUGGGGACAGUGCAGGAGCCACCCUCCAAAUUACCAGUCCCUGGUGGUGUAUUUGCUAAGAACUCUCUCUGGAGGGGAUCCUAUGAGUACCUGGGGAAGAAGCAGCCGGCUAUGCUCAGCAUCACUGCUUUUGAACCCUUUAGCAAUCGUGUUAACGGGACACUCAUCGACCACAGCGGAGUGGAACUCAAACUGGCCGGUACAUACAAGAAGGAGGAAUCUCAGCUGCUGCUACAGGUCCACCAGAUCACAGGCCCUGUGGAUAUCUUUGUCAACAAGUUCAAAAGAGACUACUGGGCCCUGGACGGACAUGUGUCCUACAUCUCUUCUUCCAACUCCGUUGUGUACCAGGGAUUUGUCAGAGGAAAAGGCUUUGGCCAAUUUGGUCUCCAAAGACUGGAGAGCUUAGAUCUCAGCAGAGACAACCAAGGCUACAACUUUGCAUCCAACAGCAGUUCAGUGGCGGCAGCCAUCCUAGUGCCUUUUAUAGCCAUGAUCAUUGCAGGCUUCGCUCUGUACCUCUACAAACACAGGAGAAGACCCAAAGUCCCCUUCAAUAGUUAUGUGGGCCAUGAGAACACUAAUGGACGAGCUACGUUCGAGAACCCCAUGUAUGACCGCAACAUCCAACCCACUGACAUCAUGGCCAACGAGACAGAGUUCACAGUCAGCACAGUGUGCACAGCUGUAUAGCAACUGCUUCCUCCAGAGUUCUGGGAGGAGAAGUGCACCACAUCUUAGCUCGCCUGCCAACAGAGGACAUCCAUAGUUCCUCGAGCAGAGGGCAAGACAAAGAUUAUUUUAUUUCCUGUAAUACAUUCAAGAAACAUCUCCAAUGGCAAAGGCUCUGACCUGCAGGAGACGAGAAAAAAGAGAAACCAGGUGAAGACAACAAGGACUGUAACAAAGGCCGACAACAACAACAUGCUUUUUGUAACAUUACAUGGUUUCUUGAUCAUUUUCCAUAUUUUGAGGAAGAGCUUCAACCUGAAACUGCAGCCUGCAGGAGUAACGCUGGAAGCAAAGCUGUGAUGACUUUUCUCACCGCCCUCCGCCUAAACCCAAAGGGAAUUUUAUGGUCAAUUUUAAGUCUAGAAAUUGACUUGUAGCGAACAAAGAUCUCUGUGCAAGUUAACUGUAUGGUGGACGGCCACAUGUUGGCCUGGAUGAGUCAAAGAGAGACAGUCUGGACUGUUUCCAUUCAAUCUUCUCUCUGUUUUCCAUUUGCUUUUUUUGGUUCUCUUUUCAUACACUGCUUGCUUUCUGUGAUGAGUAAUUGGGGACCCUGUUAUUCCCCAACAGUCUGUUCCUGUGGCUGUUGAAAGUUUUGAACGGAGGCCCCCCGAGUCUCUGGCUGUGGAUGAGUUCAAAAUUCACUACGUUUUGAAGGCCAUGUUCGAGACAAACAUUCUAUCAUUACUUCAUUUUUUUUUUUUUGAAGCAGGAAUGAAAUCUGCUUGCGGAGGCAGCUGUAUCCAGAGGAGAGGUUAAAAGGUAACUAGGGCUGCUGAAAAAAAUGCACUUACUGAGGUUGUAAUGAGAAUGAGAAUUUAUGUGCAUAUGUCAGUGAGAGAGGGUGUGUGUGUGCGUUUCUUCACACAUUUUGGUGGCAUCUGCAAUCUACCCAAAAUAUAUCCUGUCUGUUUUGGCCCCAAAGAUUUCACCAAACACAGGACAGAUAAUUUGCUAAAUUUUCUUAACAAUUAUUUUAUUUAGGAUCAUCACUAUAGCUGGGUGCCCUGGACAUCGAUAAAACAAAAGGCAACCCAGAACAAAUGCUGACAAUGUAUAGAUCCACUGAGGAAAAUGAUAAAACUAAAGGCAGUGUGACUCUCUACUUCCAACUUGUAUCUGCUUCUCUUUGUUUGUGGUGAUUCAUGUGCAGUCACUUCACAUUUGUAUGUCUUGGAAGAGACUGAAAAGAAGGCGUGGAAAGAGAAAUCCACCUCUCUAACCAAUGCACCUAUCCUAAAACAAAAUGUUAAACAAGAGGCAACACUCAAAUUUGCUUCACAUUAACAUCUGUUACGACUUUCCUGCCACUGUCGCUCUGAGCCACUUGAGGAGGAAAAGACACUGGCUGGGUCAAAGUCGGCAUGGGAACUACGAUACAGUAUAUUUACAUGGAUAUAUGAACGUCUCGGGACCAUAUUGUUUCCCUUUGUUUUCAAAAGUCAGAAAAAACUAUAGCACCACCCAGGUUACAGAGAAACAUUAUGUGGCACAUUUUCUUUGGGAAUUCUACACUUUCUGUUUAAUCCUGGAUCACAUGUUUCUGCAGCUUGAAGGCGGUACGUAUUGUAUUUUCUCUGAGAUCAAGAUGCAGUAUGAGUUCCCUAAACUUGGCCUCAGGAAAACACAGAUCAAAGUGUGGCCAUGUUUGAACUCCCUCAAAAUGUACAACUGAAGGCGCUUGAGUCUGAAGAAUGGAUGAGUCAGAGAUGUGUUCCUCCUGGAUUACAUGCAGGUCCUUUCCUCCAAGUUAACUUCUGACAGCUCAGUCCUUUUUUUUUUAAAAAAACAGCAGCGUUGCUAUGUUCUGUCUUCGCUCAUCAUGGAAAUGUUGCAGACGGCUUCCUUCGGAGCUGUGACGGCAGGGGAGUUGCUGGCAUACUGAUAACUCCCAUGCAUUAAAUUUGAAAUGAUAAAUAUGAUAAGAAAACAAUGUUUAUGCUUCUAAUGCCAACUCUCCUUGAAAUCUGUGGCAACUGGGGGGAGUGAUAUCCUGAAAUAUUGUUUUGAAAGAGACACAGGAGGGAACUGUCAAUAGCUAUAACAGCAGGACUCCACCUUGGCAGGUGAACAUGCCCAAUGAGAAACACUCAAAACGUUCAUGCAUUUGUGACCCUUAUAAUGUGUGUGUGUGUGUGUGUGUGUUUGUGUGUAUAAAAUGUGUGUAUGAGCGAUGGAGUCGAAGCAGUUGGGUGAAUAGUGCUCGAAUUUCACUGCAGCAAAUUGAGCCAUUACAUGCAAUUUUCUUUAAUUUAGCCAUGCUUCAUUGUCGGACCCAUAUUGAAUCCUGAAUUCACCUCACCAUUAUCACUGACAGGACAGACCAUCAAUUACAUAGUGUCUAAAACAGCCACAGUUUUCUACCAUGUUGUCUUUCUUUUAAGUGUUAGAAACUGGGGGGGGGGGAAUUGGCCUUGCAUGGAUUUCACAGUCAAAAUCAACCUCCAUACAGUACCAACAGGUUUUCAAAUGAAGUCUUUAAAGUCACCCAGAGUACAUCAUUUCCCUUUGAAAUCCAGGCUUUUGAAACCAAUCACUGUAUUGUUCCUUCAAUUAGUUUUGCUGUGGGUCAGUAAUUGCUUCUACAAUUUUAUUAUUUUUAAAGCUCUCGCUUAUCUCGGCAGUGAAGAUAGAAUAUUUGCCCCUUGCCUGCUCCGGUCGAGAAUUGAUGGAAAAGGAAACGAUUGAAUUACCCUGGAGAUUUCAUGGGGAAAGGAGAAGUUGCUCUCGCAUUAUCUUGAAGGCAUUGUUGCUCAGUUCUCAUAGUUGCGACUGGCUGUUCCAUUGUGCAUUUCAUUUUGUUUUUGUUCUGAAAUUGCACUAAAUAUUUCAGCAGAGUCGCUUCAUUACGUUCCAGUUAGUUUUUGGUAAGGCCACUUUGAAGUGGUCAUUCCCCCUCCGUUCAUUCCUCCCCUGGCAACGUUCAGCACACUUAUAAUAACCGACUCUUUAUUGAGCUGCAUUACAUUUGGAGCAAUAAGACAUGAUGGAACAUGUCUUAUUAAGACUGACUAGAAGGAACUGAUUCUAUUUGACUAGAUUUAGACUGUCAAUUUGGAUAAACAUAAUACAGAAGUAUAAGCUCACACAACUAUGAUUGUUUUUACCAAAAAGGGCUCAGUCUCAAGAAAUUCAGAAACUUAUACCUUUUCAAUCUUGUUUCCCUCCUCCAGUCUUCAAUAAGCACUUUACAUUCAUUAUAGUGCCUUGAUACACCCUCUUGAUAUCAUGAACAUGCUUGAGUGGCUCUAUUUUUGUGUUCAGGAGUUCCAAACAUAAUUUCUUUUCUAGGAUUGGAGGGAUUAUGAAGUAUUUUAUGACAGUUAUAUCGAAAUAAAACUCUUUUUUCAGUUUUUCUGUUAUCAUCUCAACCUGUUUAACCCAGACACACAUAUCUACUUUGCAUCUGUGUUGUUGAACUGAGCUUGUUAGGAUCAUUUCAGAGAAAUCAUACACAUCCCCCCCUUUUUUUGCUUUUCCAAAAAGAGCAAUGUUCUUAUUAGUGCUGUAAAUCUGUGUGCAAGGGUUAAGGUCUUGUAUUCUACGAUUUCAUGUUUGAGUAUUUGUGUUCUUGAGAGUCACCUUUUCAACCAAAGUCUGGCUGAUAAUUAAUUAAAAGUCCACCACAUUAGAAUUAAGCAAAAUUACAUAAUUAAGAUAAGGUGUUUCAGUUAGUUCUUCAUGUGGCUUCAUUUAGUUCCACUAGUUAGAAAAGUUUUUAAUGGGGAACAAAACAUUUUCAAAAAUUCAUGCUUAUAAUUUUGAAAUAUGGGAAUUUUCAGUUAAUGGGCGCUAAAUCGAUAGAAAUACUUUCUCCUCAACCCAUCUGGGUUAGUCCAGAAAGUUUUCAAAGAAAGAGUGCAGUACAGUCAUAUGAAAGUGAAGAUCAGUGAAUUCUGGAUCGCAGCGCUGUAAGAGUUUGAAGAGACUAUUUCUUAAUAGCGGCCGGCUACUUCCUGGUUCUCUUUGCAUAUUUUAAGACAGAAACUCUGAUCAUCCGAGGCUCAUUUUCGUUAUCAGCCAGACACAGCUCUUGAGUUCUCUCCUGCUCACCAUCUCCUCUAUAAUGAAACACACCGCAGCUAUGGUCUUUGAGUUCCCCUUCGAGCUCACGGAAUUUUCUCACAGUCAGGAGAUAGACCAAAAGCUUCCCACUUCUUUCCGCAGCAGCUAGUGCUCUCACUUUUCAGUGCAUGUCACAGUGUACAGGCAUUGGAAAACCAAUCACUCCAUCAGUUACGCUUGUGUGCAUCAAGUAUUAUUUGUAAUCUCCCAUCUUCCAUUGUCAACGCAUAUUGACGGCUGUGACUAAGCCAAAAAUACUGCUGUGUUUUUCAGGCCCAUUCCAUGUAAUUUGCCUCCACUAUUCAGCCCAUUACAGUGUGUCUAGUGGACUCGAGCAUGGCGGAGAGGGUAAGGAGAUGUUUUUAUGAAAAGUUUUGGAGCUUAGAUUCUAUAAAUGGAGAGUGGAUGAGUAGUUUCAUUUAGGAUCAGGUCGCUGGAGUUAUUACUGGAAAAAACUGCUGAAUGUAUUUCAUUUCGCAGAAUUCAUCUAUACUUUGUUCAAUAGCUGUAAUCCCACUACUGUUCCUCUGUUUGUGUGCAGUGAUGUUUCAUCUUUGGGAUAAAAAAACAGAAUGUCCAAUUUAUUUAUAUUUAGCAUAAAAUUGCAAACGUAUUUACAGAGAGCUGCUUUUUUAUUACCAGAGACUUUACAUUCCUGUAUUUUUGUUAUAGCUACAAAGUUAUUACAAGUGGUCCCGUGUUUUUUUUGUUUUUUUUUGUUUUCCCGAACAUAAUUUCAUGCCAGCCCAGUAGAUCUCUCAACUAACCUCUAAUUGAGACUGAAACUCACAAAAUCACAGCGCUGAAGCGGAAUCAACAUGGCCCUUGAACGCCACAACAAAACAGUAAAAAGACAGAAAUUCAAUGUCAAUGUCUUGCUGUCCACCAAAAGGGUUACCUGUGAAGAAACGGACAAACAAGGACUGGAGCAGACUGUGUGCGACUACAGAGAGCAACUACAGAAGGAAACUGUCUCUAAGAAAAGAGAAUAUGUUAACGAAUAAAAAAACUUUUUUGUACAGAGAUAUAUUUUUAUGAAAAUACAUUUGUAAUAUAAAAAAGAAAAAAUGGAUUGACAUAUAUGUAAAUGUUUUUCUUUUUCAUUAUUGUAGUACAAAUGCUAGUGGGGAGUAUAUGAAGAAUCUCUAUAUAUAUAAAUAUAUAUAUAUAAAUAUAUACAAAGAAAAAUAGAAACAAGGCUUUUUGUAUAUGUAAAAAAGAUUGUACAUAAAAGUUUACAUACAUACUGUACAUAUGUAAGACCCACCAUGGCUUGUCUGCAAUAUAUAAAAUGUAUUUUAUCCGUCUGUAUAUGAUGCUUUGCAUUGUGUCUAAGCUUAUUCUACUUUCUUGAACUUGAAACUUAUUUUGAAGGUUUUGGAAUAAAAUAUAAAACCUA